GGCGCCAUGGAGCCGCGGGAGGUGAAAGACCGGAUCCUGGAGAACAUCUCGCUGUCAGUGAAGAAGCUGCAGAGCUACUUUGCUGCCUGUGAGGAUGAGACCCCAGCCAUCCGGAACCACGAUAAGGUUCUGCAGCGUCUAUGUGAGCACUUGGACCACGCCCUGCUCUAUGGACUGCAAGACCUCUCAUCUGGCUACUGGGUGCUUGUGGUGCAUUUCACCCGGAGGGAGGCCAUCAAACAGAUCGAGGUGCUGCAGCAUGUGGCCACCAACCUGGGGCGCAGCCGGGCCUGGCUGUACCUGGCCCUCAAUGAGAACUCACUGGAGAGCUACCUGCGGCUAUUCCAGGAGAACCUGGGCCUGCUGCAUAAGUACUAUGUCAGGAAUGCCCUGGUUUGCAGCCAUGAUCACCUGACUCUCUUCCUGACCUUGGUGUCUGGGCUGGAGUUCAUUCGGUUCGACCUGGAUCUGGAUGCCCCUUACUUGGACCUGGCCCCCUACAUGCCUGACUACUAUAAACCUCAGUACCUGCUGGACUUUGAAGACUGCCUUCCUAGCUCAGUCCAUGGGUCGGACAGCCUGUCCAUCAACUCCUUCAACUCCAUCACAUCCACCAACCUGGAGUGGGACGACAGUGCGAUUGCCCCAUCUAGUGAGGAUUAUGAUUUUGGAGAUGUGUUUCCAGCAGUGCCGUCUGUACCCAGCACAGACUGGGAAGAUGGAGACCUCACAGACACUGUCAGUGGCCCCCACUCCACGGCCUCAGACCUGACCAGUAGCAAGGCUUCCACCAAGAGUCCCACCCAGCGCCACAAUCCCUUCAAUGAGGACCACGGCGAGGGCAUGUCCUCCUCCGACACCACCCCUGUGCACACCACCUCCCUGGAGAAGGAAGAGUCCCAAGCCCUGGAUCUGCUUGAGGCCUGUGCCGAGCUUGAAGUCAUCAGGGUCACCAAGAAGAAGAAAACUGGCAAGAAGAAGAAAACCAAAUCAGAUGAGGAAGCAAGUCCUCUUCACCCAGCCUCCACCCAGCAGAAAUGCGCCAGGCACGGGGAUGGCCCAGGCCAUGGGCAGGACUCAUCAGACACCACCCUGGCUUCACCCCCGGAGGAGGGCGAGGGGCCCGGCAGUACAGCUGAGAGCAGCGAGGGUGCAGAGCUUGGCCACAUGGGUCUGCUCAUCCCUGCAAUGAAGGACACCUCCAUGGAGCGCCUGGGGCAGCCUCUGAGUAAGGUCAUCGACCAGCUGAAUGGUCAGCUAGACCCCAGCACCUGGCACUCCCAUGCACAGCCCCCGAACCAGUCCUUUCGGACCGGCUCUCCCGGGGAUGCCCCGGAGAGGCCACCAUUUUGUGACUUUAGUGAGGGGCUUCCAGCCCCAAUGGACUUCUACCGCUUUACCGCCGAGAGUCCAAGCACUGCUGCAUCAGGUGGUGGCCACCAUGACCCUGCAGGGCCUGGCCAACCGCUGCAUGUUCCUGGUAGCCCUGCGGCUGCUGGCCAAGAAGAGGAGAGAGGAGGAGAGGGACAGGCGCCUCGACCCCUAGAGGACACCUGUGGGGAGGCUCGGGAGCCAGAGACCCAGGAACUGGAGACCCAGUUGCCACUGGUCAGUGAGGGACCGGUGCUUGGGCCAGAGCCUGGGACCCAGGAGGCUAUCUGCCGGCUCAGGCGAGACCAGCCCAGCCCGUGUCUGAGCAGCGCAGAGGACUCUGGGGUAGAUGAAGGGCAGGGGAGCCCUUCUGAGAUGAUCCACUCAUCAGAGUUCAGAGUAGACAACAAUCACUUGCUCCUGCUGAUGAUCCAUGUGUUUCGAGAAAACGAAGAACAGCUGUUUAAAAUGAUCCGGAUGAGCACCGGGCACAUGGAGGGUAACCUGCAGCUGCUGUACGUGCUGCUCACAGACUGCUACGUCUAUCUGCUCCGCAAAGGGGCCACAGAGAAGCCAUACUUGGUGGAAGAAGCCGUUUCUUACAAUGAACUUGACUACGUGUCGGUCGGCCUUGACCAGCAGACGGUGAACCUGGUGUGCACCAACCGCAGGAAGCAGUUUCUGCUGGACACAGCUGAUGUGACCCUGGCUGAGUUCUUCUUGGCUUCUUUGAAGUCAGCUAUGAUCAAAGGCUGCCGGGAACCACCCUACCCCAGCAUCCUGACCGAUGCCACCAUGGAGAAGCUGGCCCUGGCUAAAUUUGUGGCUCAGGAAUCUAAGUGUGAGGCAUCCACUGUUACUGUGCGCUUCUACGGGCUUGUGCACUGGGAGGACCCCACAGAUGAGUCCUUGGGCCCUGUCCCCUGCCACUGCUCACCCCCCGAGGGCACCAUCACCAAAGAAGGCGUGCUGCAUUACAAGGCGGGUACCUCCUACCUGGGCAAGGAACACUGGAAGACCUGCUUCGUGGUGCUCAGCAACGGGAUCCUCUACCAGUAUCCAGACCGCACUGACGUCAUCCCUCUGCUGUCGGUGAACAUGGGGGGGGAGCAGUGCGGUGGCUGCAGGAGGUCCAACACCACGGAUCGGCCCCACGCCUUCCAGGUCGUCCUUGCUGACCGGCCCUCCCUGGAGCUCAGCGCUGACAGCGAGGCGGAGAUGGCCGACUGGAUGCAGCACCUCUGCCAGGCCGUGUCCAAGGGGGUCAUCCCCCAGGGGGUAGCACCCAGCCCCUGCAUUCCUUGCUGCCUGGUCAUCACUGACGACCGCCUCUUCACAUGCCACGAGGAUUGCCAGACCAGCUUCUUCCGCUCCCUGGGCACAGCCAGGCUGGCUGACAUCAGCGCCGCAUGCUCUGAGCCGGGCAAGGAGUACUGUGUCCUGGAGUUCUCCCAGGACGGCCAGCAGCUCCUCCUGCCCUGGGUCAUCUACCUGAGCUGCCCUUCUGAACUGGACCGAUUCCUGUCUGCAUUGGGUGCUGCGUGGAAGACCAUCUACCAGGUGGACCUCCCACUCAAGGCCAUCCAGGAAGCCUCCAGCCAGAAGAAAUUCGAGGAUGCCCUGAGCCUCAUCCACAGCGCCUGGCAGCGGAGUGACAGCCUGUGCCGUGGCAGAGCCUCCCGGGACCCUUGGUGCUGAGGCUGCACUGGUUGGCAUCUCUGGUUGAGGGGGAAGAGAGGCACGCUGCCCGGCAUGCACACUGUUGACGCCGGGUUGCUGCUGCUCGGGGCCAGGCUGCAUGCCAUUCUGCAGCUGACUUCUGCCCUGGGCAGCGGGAUGCCGAGUGGGGUCUGUCCACCCCCAGGGAUCCAGAGCAGGGUGCCCAACACCCUGGCAUCCUGCCCAGCAGGCCGUGACUGGAGAGAGAGCUGGGGCAGAGGUCCAAGCCCUGUGGGUUCCACAGUUGCACACGCUCCUCCCGGGGCCCGGUGCCUUCAGUCAGCAGCAUCUCCUCAGGAUGUCGAGGGGAAUAAUCUAGACUCUAAGAGGAAAGUGAAAGGAGUGGGAGGGCAGGAGUCCCUUCUUCCUCUCUGUGGGUCAGGGGCCCAGGUAGAGGCUCAGGGCCAAUCUGGGGGCCCUGAGCACCUGGCCAUCCUUGUUCGUUUUUGAACAUUUGGCCUGGCUGUGCAGGGAAGCUGGGACGCUAGUCUCUGCAUGGCUGCUUCCAUUAGCGCCAUCCCCAAGCACCUGUUGCCCACCUUACCAGAGCCCAGGGCCUGGGCCGGGCCGCCAGGAGGCCUUGCAUGUCCACAGCCCCUGCCUCUCCCUGCAACCCGGCAGUACCUGAGGACCCAGGAACCAGGCCACUUCCUUUUGCUGGGAGCAAAGGGGAGGGAGAAGGGGCUUCAGCCUGCAGUGUGGUGGCCACAUUGACACCUCCACUGACCCACUUGGCUGGAGCCGGGCCCCUCCUGGGAGCUUUGUCACGGCCCUCUGUGAGAAGGGGUCAGGUGGUUUGGGUUUUGUUUUUUAAAAUAAAAUAGACAUGUUAUAUUGCCA